CUUGUAUAAAGCAUACAACGCAUGGAACAAAACCAAUCGCUACUUCAUUCCAAUCCCGUGUCAUCAAGUCGUCAAUCGAUAAACUCAUCAUGGAGGAGAAAAAAACAAUCGCAAUCCUCGGCAUAACAGGAACCCAAGGCGGUUCCGUAGCCCGCAAAUUCCUCUCCCUCUCCGACCCCCCCUGGACCGUCCGCGGCAUAACCCGCUCCCUCACCUCCCCCGCAGCACUCUCCCUCUCCGCCUCGGGCGUCGACCUCGUCCAAGCCGACAUCGACUCGCCCUCCUCCCUGAUCGCCGCCUUUGCCGGUGCCCACGCGAUAUUCGCCGUGACCGAUUUCUGGGCGCCGUACUUCUCCUCUUUCGGCGAGCUCUCUCAGAUCUCCGACCGCGCGACGGGAGAGCAUGCCUUUGCGAUCGAGGUGCGGCGGGGGAAGAAUAUCGUUGAUGCGGCUGCGGCUGCCGGGGGAAGGUUGGAGAGGUUCGUGUGGAGUACGUUGCCGAGUUUCAAGGAGUUGAGUAGGGGUAAGUAUGGGUUUGCGUUCCAUUUUGAUAGUAAGGCGGUGGUGGCGGGGUAUUUGAGGGGGAAGGAGGGUGGAGGGUUGUGGGAGAGGAGUAGUUUGUUGAAUAUGGGGUUUUAUACGGAUAAUAUGAUUAAGUAUGGGGGGUUUAUGGGGGCUGCUAAGGUUUGUUUUCUCUUCUUUUUUUUCUUGGAUUUUUGGGGGAGGAAGGCUAAGGGGAAACAGGACAUGGAGGAUGGAAAAUAUAUUUUGAGGAAGCCAGGGAAGAAUGAUGCUAUUCAUCCGUUCGUUGUUACUGGGGAUACGGGGGAAUUUGUGGAGUUGCUGGUGAGAGCUCCGCCGAAGCAGAAUUUGUUGGGGGUGAGUGAGAUGUCGGAUUAUGUUACCUAUAUGAAGAUUUGGACGGAGGUUACGGGUGUUCCGAGUGAGGUGAGGGAGAUUACUGUCGAGGAGGCAGAUAAGGCUGCUCCUGGUGGGAUAGGGAGAGAGGCUGCUGAAAGUACGGCGACAAGUGCAGAGUUUGGGUGGGGGAAGGAUCUUGUGAUGCCGAAGGAUCUUGAUCCUAACAUCAAGUUGACGAGCCUGAGGAGCUACAUUGAGAAUGAGGACUGGGAAAUAUUCUUGAGCAAGAUUUGAGAGGUGGUCUCGCAUGAUUGGCCGCAAAGUCCGAAGACAGUGCUAGAAGAUGAGACACCGAAGUAGUAACCGAAGCUUUUAUCACCU